UAAAUAAAAAAGAGACCAUCAUAGGAAACAUCCGAAUUUAACACAUUCAUUUUAUAAGCUAUUUUUGGAGAUAUAUCUCUCCAUUAUUUCAACUUCUCAAGAAAAAUAUUACUCCACAACAAUUAUGGGUUCCAGCAGUAGUCGUAUAAGAUCAUCAUCAUCAUCAUCCGGGUCCGGUUCCGGGUCAAGACCCAGGAGGAGCAAGCUCAAGCUUUCCUCUUUCUUGUGUGGUGCCUCUACUUCUCAGUUGGACCAUGAGCUUGAAGAUUAUCCCCAACCUGUGGUUGGUGAGUUUUCCCGGAAUUCUGUAGCAGAAUCUUCUUCAACAUUUAGUUCAGAAGUUGGUCAUGGUACUCAACCUGAGACAGGAUCCUCAUCAGAAAGCACUGGUGGUCUUAGUCAUGAUGCUUUUGUUGAAUAUAAUUUGAUAAAUGCCGAAGUAAACAUCAAUAGUGCAUGCCUUUCUAACGAUAAAUAUUCAAUACGUGACCAGGCAAGAGACAGCUUGGCUGCAGCUGUUAGUACUGAAUCUUUUACAUGCUUGAAUACUGAAGACUCUCACACUGUGCCAGAAGAGUGCAGAAGCUCAUGUUCACAUGGGGAUUCAAUGGAGAAUCACGGAGAUGUACAUAUCGAGUCAAGUUCUGAUUCUACAUCUAUUUCUGUUACUUCUGACUCUAUACCAAGGCAUCAAUUUCUCGAGGGUGAUACCUCAGAAGAAGCAACAACUUCAAGUUCAGGAUUUCUUUUGUUGGAUAGUGAACUUGGAGUAAACUCCACUCAAGAUGUGCUACAUGUUGAUGUGGUGAGUAUCUCUUCCAACAUUUUAUCUAGUAGCAUUGCUGAUAUAGGCAGUCAAGAAACAAGAAGAAACAGUAGGAGGCUCUUUUGGGAUGCUAUAUCAAGACGCAGUUUAAGAAGGCAUAGUGAUUCUCCAACCAUUGUUUUUGCAACUGGUCAUGCUGAUGAUCUAGGAUCUCGUGACAGAUGGCUAAUUGAUUUGAAUGGUGAUCUCCAUUAUGAUGGGGUUGGAUUUGAUUCUGGUUAUGGAGCUGGUAGGAAUCAUCGCAGAAGUGAACAAAGACAGACAACAAGAUCUGAGAUAUCUGAAAGAGUUCUUGAAGGCCUUGGUAGCCGAGUUCCACAACAAAAUCUUUGCUCAUCAGGCCUUCAUCCUGAUGGUACAUGUUCGUGUGAACCAUUACUCACAACUGAAGAGUUCAGUACCCUCGCAAGUAUUUCACGAAUAAUUAUGCUUGCUGAUGCCUUAUUUGAGGUCCUUGAUGAGAUCCAUCGACAAUCUUUCACACUUUCGUUAUCUACUCUUUCGCUUCCAGCUCCAGAUUCUGUUGUGGACUCGUUUCCUCUCAAGUCUCACAAGAAGGUAGGAGCUGUAGACAAUGCUCCCACUGAUAUCCAACAGUGCCACAUUUGUUUGGCCGAGUAUGAGGAGGGAGACAAACUGAGGGUACUCCCUUGCCGCCAUGAAUAUCAUAUGAAUUGUAUUGAUAAAUGGCUUAAGGAAGUGAACCGGGUCUGCCCUGUUUGCAGGUGCAAUGUUUGUGAGAAUCCUGCGAUUGGUUCUGUCUCAAAUUCAGAAGCUUCUUAACAAUGGUGCUAAAUAUAGAAACAGAUUCAGGUGAAAAACGUAAAAAAUGUUGUAUUGAAUUGCGUUAAUAUAGCUGCCAGAAUUGUAAAUAUUUAUGAUAUAUAGAUAAAAUUGGGUUGAAA